UCACGGGCAGAGUGUCAGAGUGGUGAGUUGAACAGGGAGAAAAGGCGAAAUGGCAGAAGGCAAGGAGGACCAGACGGCAGGCAAAAUGCCUCCAGCUGAACUGGAUUCCAAGGCAGAGGCCAAACUGAUCCUCUAUCACUGGACGCAGUCCUUCAGUUCCCAAAAGGUGCGUUUGGUGAUUGCUGAAAAGGGGCUGAAAUGUGACGAGCAUGAUGUAAGCCUUCCACUGAGUGAACACAAUGAGCCUUGGUUCAUGCGACUGAAUGCGUCUGGAGAAGUCCCUGUGCUCGUUCACAGAGAAAACAUCAUUUGCGAUGCAACUCAAAUUAUUGAUUACCUUGAAGAGACUUUUGCAAAUGACAAAACUCCAAAGUUAAUGCCAGAAGAAGGAAGCAUGUACUAUCCGAGGGUUCAACAUUACAGGGAGCUCUUGGAUUCCUUGCCUAUGGAUGCUUAUACACAUGGUUGCAUUUUACAUCCUGAAUUAGCAGUAGACUCUAUGAUUCCAGCUUAUGCCACAACUAGAAUUCGAAGCCAAAUAGGUAACACUGAAUCCGAAUUAAAGAAACUUGCUGAAGAAAACCCAGAUCUGCAAGAUGCAUAUAUAGCAAAACAGAAACGGCUCAAAUCAAAACUGAUGGAUCAUGAUAACAUAAAAUACUUGAAGAAAAUAUUGGACGAACUGGAAAAAGUUUUGGAUCAGGUUGAGACUGAGUUGCAAAGAAGAAAUGAAGAAACACCAGAAAAUGGACACCAAGCUUGGCUCUGUGGUGAGUUUUUCAGCUUGGCCGAUGUAUCCCUUGCUGUUACAUUGCAUCGGCUGAAGUUCAUUGGAUUGGCAAGGAGGAACUGGGGGAAUGGAAGGCGACCUAAUUUGGAAGCCUACUAUGAGCGCGUCUUGAAGAGAAAAGCAUUUCAUAAGGUUUUAGGACAUGUGAACAACAUAUUAAUCUCAGCAGUUCUCCCAACUGCAUUCCGAGUGGCCAAGAAGAGGGCGCCCAGGGUUUUUGGCACUACUCUUUUGGUUGGCUUCUUAGCAGGAAUAGGGUAUAUUGCUUUUGUGUGUCUUCGGAGGAGAUUUCCCAACAUGCUACUAUCAAUUAGACCAAGGCAAAGUUAUCCAUAGGUGUUUCUUUGCCAGGUUGUGGGAACAGACAACUUAAUACCCCAAAGAAGUUGAUUUGAGGGAUAGUGGACCCAAAUAUUGUCAUACGUUAUUACCUUCCUGCUGUUACAGAAAUACAUUGGCAAUUAAAUCCUGAAAAAAAUGAGCCAAUGGCUUAGAUUCUGAGUACUGUAAGCAGAAGGAGGCUAUAUAAUGGGACUUGUCACCUCCUGGCCCCAUCAGGCCUUUUUGGACCCCUGAAAAAGUCUCUCUGGAGGAUUGGAGAAGCCUUCUUAAUAGCAUGGGAUGUGGUGCUCAGGACUGA